AUGUGUGGAAAGGCAUCAUUCAAAGUUCAGGUCGAUGCGAUGCUUGCUGAUAACCAUGGAAAGGAGAUUGAUGACCUGGCGAUACAGUUCACCUCUACGGAUAUGCGACACGCCAAUGUCCGCAUCGGAACACAUAUCAUGAGUGCCAAAAUCUAUGAUUUGCCGUGUAUCACCGAGGUCAUGAAGACGCUGGAUAAGAAGACUCUGUACAAGGUAGCUGAUUUGUCCCAGAUAGUUGUUUGUAGUCAUGAUCUAUGCGCAGUGCCAGCUGAAGUAGUGAAAGUUGGCAGUAAAAAGGAACUGAAACAGUGGCAAUAUCCUCAUGGCCUUACUCCGCCGAUGAAGAGCGUCCGUCAACGACGUUUUCGUAAGACGAAGAAGAAGAAGUAUAUGGAAGCGCCUGAGGUUGAACGUGAACUAAAACGUCUUCUUCGUGCUGAUCUAGAAGCGGAAUCAUUCCGUUGGGAAAUAGUUCAAGCUGACGAUAAACGCAAGGUGUUUGGCCUGCCGAUGAAUGCCAAAGCUUGCAUGUCUACCUCAUCAACUCAAGCAUGUUUCUCUUUCAUUUCCGAUGCCACAAUUUCUGAGCAGUCCCUGUUUGGUGAUAAAGUGAGUAGCAGCGAGGAUGAUGUGGACGAUAUGCCUCAAGUCGAUAAAGACGAUUAA